AUGUCCGACGGCAAUGACCUGGACCUGGACCUGAAGAGGACGAGUCUGGUAGUUGAGGUGCGCUCGGCGACGACGAUGGCGACGCAGGAGGAGCUCGCGCGGCAGGGCGAGGCGCUGGAGGCAUCGGAGAAGAAUGAUGGUGUAUGGCGUUCCAUGAAACGGCACAGGAUGGCAUUGGUAUAUAUGCUGGCCGCCUAUUCGUGUGCUGCGGUUUACGGCUACGAUUCAAUCGCGAAUACAGCUACGCUAGCUAUGCCGUCGUUCCAAAUAUACUUUGGCCAUUUUGAUGAGCAUAUAAAUGGAUAUUAUUUGGAUUCGAUAUGGACCUCAUUAUGGUCAUCUAUGACGGGUGUUGGGCAGAUCAUAGGCUCCACAGUGGCCGGCCCGCUAUCUCAGAGGAUUGGGAGGCGAUAUACGGCAAUGGCAUCUGGAUCCAUAACAAUCAUUGGAGUGGCCUUGCAGUAUGUGGCUGUGAGUAAAGGCCUAUUGCUGGCGGGGAAAAUGAUCAACGGCGCUGCAGUUGGCGGUUUAUUGAGUGUCGGCACAACCUAUGCUUCUGAGAUUGCUCCACCCCGUCUCCGAGGCAUUCUCCUGGGAGGCCUCGCUUUCUUCGGCGUCGCAAUGCAAUGCGUUGGGCUCGGUGUAGUUCGUUGUUUCGUUCCCAAUAUGGGGCCGAUAGCCUUCAGGACAGCUUUGGCUCUUCAGUGGCUCGUUGGUGGCAUCCCCAUUAUUGCUUUUUUCUUCGUGCCAGAGUCUCCUAAUUUCCUCCUCCUAAAAGGACGGGUCGACGCAGCGAGGACCGCCGUCGCUCACAUCUACGGCAAGACAAACUCCGUCGAUGCCCGAGUAGCCCAUCUCAUGGCUAGCAUCCAGGAGGAGCUUCAAAGGGACCACCGCUCUUCAUAUAUCGAUUGCUUCAAGGGUACGGAUAGGAAACGAACACUGACAGUGUGCCUUUUAAUGUUCGGGAAUGGCCUCAUUGGCUCGGCGUUCUUGACGCAGAAUAUAUAUUUCCUAGGACUUGCAGGACUGCCUGCAAUCCAUGCCUUCGAUAUCAAUAUUGGAGGCUUUGCUCUUGCUCUGAUGAUCAUCCCCGCCUCGUGGUAUUUUGGAGAUAAAAUCGGUCGACGGCCGUUGUAUCUUGUAGGCGCCGCGGGAAAUGCGGUUGGUAUGGGCGUCGUGGGUGGCCUUGGGUACGCACCUGCAAGCAACAAGGCCUCUAUUUGGGUCCUCGCCGUUCUUCUGAACCUUCUAAUUACUUGGCAAAUCUUCACAAGCUUCAUGGUUUCUUGGUCCAUGUCCCCAGAACUCUCGUCCUACAAACUCCGCCAACAGACACAAUCCAUCGGUAUAGCAGUUCAAGCUUUCACCUCCUGGUUCUUUGCCUUCGUUACCCCUUACCUGUAUAACGUCGGGCCCGACUCUGGGAACCUUGGCGCUAAGACGGGAUUCAUAUUUAUGGGAUCUAGUGUAGUGUUGUUUGGCCUGGCGUACUUCUGGGUACCCGAGACGCAAGGCUUGACGACGGAGGAGCUUGAUUAUCUGUACGAGGCUCGGACGAGUCCGAGGAUGUUCAAGACCAGUAUAACUGUUAUGAAUCGUGUUAUAAUGCCGGAUUUAGGGAACAAUGAUAAACUGGACGCGAAAAUCGAGAGUUAG